CCGGCUUCCGUAGGCAUUCCUUCACUGUCAGUUAGUGUGCGGGUGACAGACAACAGCGGUGAGCCUCCAAAUCUAAGCUCCAAGUGUAAACUAUGGAAGAGAUUAACAACAUUGAAGUGGUUCCGUGCACAGAGUCUGACUAUCUAAAGCCGUUCAGGGUGCACUAUAGCCAGAAUGGCACAAAGAAAUCGUGGGACUUCAUGCGGACCCAUGACAGUGUAUCUGUGCUGAUCUUCAACACCACCUCACACUGUUUUGUCCUCGUCAAACAGUUCCGUCCAGCUGUAUACAUGUGUGAAUGGGAAAAAGCCAAGACGCAGCCACCAAAGUCUGCUGAAAAAACCGAGGAGGGUGCUGCAGAAGCCGCGACGGAGUCUCAGGAGGGCCAGUCAGCCUCAGAAGGGGAGAGCUCUUCUCAGUGGCUGCCUGCCUCUGCGGGGGUCACCUAUGAGCUCUGCGCUGGCCUGGUGGACAAACCUAACCUCUCUCUGGAGGAGAUCGCCCGCCAGGAGGUGCUGGAAGAAUGUGGCUACGAUGUGCCAGCUUCCAAGCUGAAGAAGAUUACUUCUUACAGGUCGGGUGUCGGUGUAACCGGUGCCAAGCAGACCAUGUUUUACGCUGAGGUGUCCGAUGACAACUGCGUCAGCCCAGGUGGAGGUGAGCCAAAGGAGGGAGAGCUUAUCGAGGUGGUCAAAGUCCCGCUGCACGAGGCCAUGACGUUUGCCUACGACGAGCGUAUACCCAAAACCAUGGGCGUCAUUUUUAGUUUCAUCUGGUUCCAUAAUAACAUGUCUCCUAAGUACAAGAUCUCCACCAAUGUGUAACUAGUAUUAAAAUAAGCCCUCUUUCUACAAUUUAUUCCAGAUUAAAUCAAACACUGGCCCAGCACACUCACUCCUCCCCUUAAGGCUCUUCAUCCUGUAUUGCCUUUUUGCUUAUUGGUACAUGAUGAAGGGUGGGCCCCUUGUCUUGUUGCCAGCUGGUAUCUUUAAGGUUUGUCCUAUUAGCUUUUUUAAAAAGACAAUUGUUUUAUGUGGUCCUAGUGUUUUUCCUAAAUACAAAUAUGCCAUAGCUGGUUGUCACUGGCACUUUUUCUCUUCUUUUUAUACGUAAAUCAUUCAUUUACUGUGCCAUUUGUUAUCAGUGGCUGCAUAUCACAGAUUUCAUUUGCCUGCCCUUAAUUAAAGGAAUGCUCCACUGUUUUUUUUAAUUUUAUUUUAAUGUAGAUAUUAAAUAUUAUCUACAUGUUAGUGUUUUUAAAAUCAAACUUUGGUUGAGAAAAAGGCCUUUAAAGUUCUUUAAACUUUUUCUCCAUUGCUAGUUGCUUUAGUAAAGAGAAUUUAAAGCUCCAGUAUAUAUGAUUUCAUAAUACUGUAACAAUAUUGUAUUUUCUAUUAUUAUGUGGAAAUGCCUCAAAACCAGAUUGGAGGCCACUGAAAACCACUGUUCGACUAAAUUAAACCCAAUUUCAAAAUUAUUUGUGGUCAAUGCACUGUAUUUCUGUUUUCACACAUUUUCGCACAUGAUGAGAAGGCUUGCAAGUGAAAAUAUUCCUCUUUCUCACCUCUGCUACAUUAAACACGGCUGUCAGUAUUCAUGAUUAACCUCUAAUGUGCCGCUGGUUACCUUCAGUUUGCCAGCAUUUCCACUGAAAUCUUGAAAGCAUUUUUGCUUUCCUGAAAAAGUCUGACUGUGACAAUGCAAAGCACAUAUACAGUAGCUACUUUUUGCACUGUUUAUAAUGUAAAGAUAGAUAGAUGAGGUUACAAAAAACAGUGGAGUAUUCCUUUAAUCCAUGAUCCAGUAAUGCAAAAACUAUACUAGUCAAUCAUGGGGCCUUGUAAUGAUUGGGGUAUUCAGGGAUGCCCCAUUUAAGUUCUGAAUCAUAGCCUUCAAGCAAUACUUACCUAAGUACUCCAGGCUGAACAAUCGUAGUAUCAUUGAAAUCAGCCCUUAUCCUUUUCAUCAAAUUCUUCGUGAAGUCAAACCAGUUAACAUUAGCAAACACUUACCUCUGCGCAGAGGGCCUCAGUUUAAUUAACUCAAUUGCGCUGAAGCACGAUCGUGAUUAAAAGCAGCCUAUUUGUAGUUGGAGACACUUAAAUCCACUUCUGGUGACAUCUUCACACUGCUGUGUUACAGGCGUUUUCAAGCCUGUAGCACAUCAGUGGAGUCUCAGACAAACAACAGUUUGUUUCGUUUUUUAUUUCGUAUGUUUGUUUUUUAGAGUUUUGGAGGAACUCAAAUGUAUACUGUUGCGGACAUGAUGUCUUAAGGCAGUAGCCUCUAUUUUUCUGAUUUUUAGAUUGUUUAUUUUUUGCACACAACAUCAAAGUUACAUUAUGAACCCAUAAAUCACAUCAAUAUUAAUUAGAAAAAUGUUCAGAAAAUGUAACCCAUGUGAAAGUCUGAUUUUUAUAAUAAUUCAUUUGCAAAACUCACAUGCUGAAAACCAUUAAUGCACAAACCUGCUCUGUCUCUUAUUGUAUGCUUCUGUACACUACAUGCAAUUCACACUAAGUACCUGCUGUAAACAUAACAUUUAUUAAAAGUUGAUUGGAGAAUGCUUUUCAGUUGUCACUUAUAGGCCUAGAGACUAGUCACCGAACUGUGUAUUCCCUGACCAGUUGGUGAGUGAUUCCUCAAUGUUGUUGCCUUUUUUGUGAUUGCUUUCAUCGCUAGCAAAUUGUCGCCCUUAGUUUUCAUGGAAGACACGGAGAUGAAAACACUAAUUGACCACCAAGAAUCUGAGAAAGAAAAAGUGGACUACAUCCUGGACGCUGGGAGUGGUCCCCUUCAAAGUAAAAGUUGUGCCUUACCGUUUACACCAACAUCUUCCAAAAACCACAACUUUUACUCUGAAGACCAAGACUAUCCAUUUGUGUUUACAUUGGACUCAUCACAGUUUCAGUACCACUUUUUGAACAGUUUUCAGGUGUUGGCAAUAUGUUACACACUGUAUACCUCUCUGUAGCCGAUUUCACCUCACAACUAGCAACAGCCUCUAGCAACCACUCGCCUACUGAUUAAGAAAUACCCAUUUUUCCCUAGUGACCAAUUAUUACCAACAAGCCACUGACUGGUCUCUUGUGAGCAGCCUAUAGAAACCUUAACAAUCAGUGGUUGCUGGAGUGACCAGUGGUUGCCAGGCUCCUGCCAACCAGUCUCUUGACUUGUAUGACUGGACCCUUAAUGGUUGAAGUGGAAAGGGAGGAGCCGGUGAACAAUUUUCCACCAGUAGGAGCAGGCUAAAUAGUUGCUGCGCACUAUUUAGCAAAAAGCAACCUGUUUUUUUGUUUUAGGCAGUGGAUCUGCAUUUGUAGCUUGGGUUGUUUUAGUGUAGGCAAAACUAGUUUUAGGUCAGUGAUUUGUAACUUGUAAUGCUGCAGCUAUUGCGACAGUUCGAGCUACCUGCUACUAUAGUAGUUCUCUGAGUGAACAGCUUGCCAUGUUCAAGUUGAAAUGACAGUACCCUGUCAAAUGUCACACCCUACACAAGUAGGUACUUGGUUUACUACAUCAAAAUUAAUAUUCAUAAGUAUCAGAAAAUGAGACGCACCUCUGAACUCACAAAGUGAUUCUCAACAGCAGCUUCUUAAAAUCUCAGGUCCAAAUAGUCCAAUCUUUGAUUAUAUUCAGAGUGGAUCUCUGAAUGUGAUGAUGACCAGCAUGUCUGUUACUAUAUUUUCACAUUUCAAAAUCACUUGCAGCUUCACUAACUAGGCAAGAAAGUUAUCACUAAUACUAUAAAAUGUUAGUGUUUUUCUUCACUCAAAAAGGGCUGGUACAUCAUUCAUUAUUUAAUAUGUGAGGAAGAGAACCACCCACCUUGUAGUUUUGUUAACAAAAAGUACAUAUAUAGAUGUACAAAAACCGAAGCAAAGCCAAUACUGUCUUAAAAAAUUCACCUUCAAAGACACAUUUCAUUAUAUUAACGUUAGUACAGUAAUAAUAAUAAGAGAACUACAUUUGAAACAACCAUUAAUAGAGCUGAAAUCCUUAUGGUGCACCUGCAGAAAUGUUUUUUUUAACUUCAGAAAUGCAAUGACUGAGUACAGAUAGUGACAACAAGCUUAAAGUAAUGCAGUGUAAUAUAACAGUAAAUCCUAUAUUAUAUACAGCCACAUUUCUGUACUUAUCUCUGUAGUUUGGGUGGAGAAAAUAAUACUACUACUAGCAUUACAGACAACAUUGUCCAAAAUCAGCACCUCUCUGAAAGAAGAGCACUUUUAGCUUUAGCAGCCAGGUGCGCAUAUGAAUAAAUACUCUAGGUUAAUAUGAACAAUCAGUCUAGCAUUUUUUUUAACGCUUUUCAAGCACCAAGAACAGCUGACAAUCAAAAGUUCAACAUUAAUUUAUUUUGAAACCUUAUGCUUCUUAUUCACUUGGUUUAUGUCUAUGUUUGUGAGGCUCUUCUCCUCUACAUACUAAGAAAUCCAGCAGAGAGAAGAGCAUAACUUUUGGGCAUAUCCCUAUAAGUGUGUCAUGGAGCCACCUGAAAUUCCGUCACCCGCGCAGAUUUAAAAAAUCAAAGGUUUUAUUUUAUUCCACACACUGACGCAAACAUUUGGGGAGUAACUUCCACCCAAAUAGCUUAGAAAAAUAUGCAUAAUCCUAAAGCCAUAAAUAUAAUUUGUUGAGCUUCUUUGUCCUUCGUCGACCAUGGAUCGUUCCUCGAUGUGCGAUUGUAGAGUUUGCUCAGACUGCUUGAAACAUUUGCUCAAUAGGUUCAUAUUUUCUCUCUCAAAUGCAUUUACUUUUGUGAGCGUGAUACCGGGACACUUUGGAAAAAUGUGGAAAGCACCUUUGGAAAACCAUGAGAUUACUUAUUAGUGUUACACAUUGUACCCCUAACAAGACUGCUGUAUGCUGCCUGACCAAGACAAAUUUCAGUAUUUUGCAUUGAUGACAACGUGCACUUGCCGUGGGCUUGUUUCUGUAAGGUUAGGGAAUACCCCAGCAUUUAUUUCCAUCCAGAGUUCUAUUAGGAUUUUCCAAAGGUUUCAUCAUUGAUGAUGGGAGAGUCAGACUGCUGUAUAAAACCUUCUUCAGCAAAGAUUCUCAGUGUGGAUAAAGCGCUCUCCAGUCUGCCGUACCUCUCGAACUUCCCAUUCCCAUUAUUGGGAAAAACCUAGUAAUUCAGCGCCUCACCCAUGCUCGAGGUUUCUUCCUGUUAAAUAAAAUGAGUUUUUCCUUCCAAGUGGCCAAGUGCUUGCCCUCUGUAUUAUUUUAGGCUCUUUACCUUACCUUACCUCAAGCAACUCGAGGCCACCAAUGUUGUGAUUUCGCAAUAUAUAAAUAAAAUGGAAGUUAAUUGACUUCAGUAGCUUCAGGUUGUCAGCUGACCUUUUUCUUGAGGCACGUAAUGUUCUCGAACCUAAACCUGACCAACUGAAGCAACUUCAGGUCAUAACGCUGAUCCCACAGGAUGUUGUGUGGUAGGCAUUUCACCCGCCUGUUCUUCCCCAAAUAUUCCCAUCAAUCUGAUGACCUUUUUCCAUUGCUCCAGAGUCUGAUCUUUAUGCUGCCUAGCAAAUAUAAACCUCAUUUAAGCCACGUUUUCUUAAAGCAACGUAGCUUCCAUUGAGCUCUCAGUGUGCACUUAGAAAUAUUUACCUUCACUGUUAAACAUAUCCUUGAUUUCUGCUGUUGAUCUGUUUUAGUAGUUUCACCAUGUAGGCCAAUAAUUUGACCGUUCUGAAAUGGACUAAUGGCUUUUCCACAACCGCAGAAUAUCUUCAAACAUGGUUGCUUGAGAACUGCAUUGGUUAGUGUUGGAUAAUCUGUUAGCAAAAACAUAUUCAUUACUGCAGUAAUAGGCUUUUAUGUGUUUCCUUAGUUAAAUUCAGAUGUGACUUGUUUUGGCCAGACAGUGUAUUAUAUGUUCUAACAUCAUAAAUUGCUGUUAGCUUUCAGAAGUUACUCAACACUUCUGCAGUCCCCUUUCUCUCAUAUGACAAUCGUACAGCCCUUUGUUGUUGUUGUUUUUAAGGUCAAAGUGGAUCUCAGCACUUGUUGUUUGGUUUACUGGAGAACCUCGGUGAAGGAUUUCCAAUGGUGCUCACAGUUUUCCAUUGUCUUGUUCUCAUCUAGUAUGGUGGAGUAUAAUAGAAGUAUCACACUUGUGUCUAGAAAUAACUCAUGAAAUGUGUUAGCCAUGAGGAUUCAAGGCUGGAAGAAAAAAUAUUUUUAGAAAUGUGUUUUACCAGUGUUUGCUUCUGAUUUGGCUCAACGUAAAAGCCAUUUUAACUUUAAGGCCAGUCUGUAACUUUUAACGUGCCUGUCAAAAGUGAAGAGCUGCACAGUGACUUCUCUUUAGGCUGAAAUAGAUUUGUUUGUUUGUUUGUUUCAGGCAAGUAUUAUCAGGUGAUUAUUUCCUAACACUUUCCCUUCUAGUUGUUAAGAGUAUUUGGUGAACAUUGCUGAGGAUUUGCAGCAGCAUUAUGACUCACUGACUGAAAAUAAAAGUACCGUCCAUGCGGGUGAAUAGCAGCUGCAAAGUGGGAAGGAUCGUGUCAGAUGUCCGCUAAUGUGAUUGAUUGGUGCAGAGAAUUCGGUUGCCAAAAGAAGCACAAACAGAGUGGUAGCACUUCAGGUUCAGCUGGUUCGGCCAGCUUCAGCCUGUAUUUGAGUUAUUUUAGUUUUGUUUAGCCUGUGGAGUCAAAAUGUAUUACGUAUUCUGUGUUAUCAGGCCUGCUGUUAAUUUUGUACUUAGGAUUUUUUUUCCCCAUUGGUUUUUUUUUUUUUAAUCAGCUUUUGUGUAAUCUUAUUUAGUUAGAAACAGCUGUGUGUUUCUGUGUUAAACACACAUCUUUUGAGUGUAAAGGCAAUCUCUGAGGUCUUUUUUUACUGAUUCAACACUGGUGACUAACAUUAUUCUUGGAGACUUAUAGGAAAAGUUUCACAGUUUUGGAGGAAUGUGGUUAUUAGACCUUUUUUUUUGGCGGAAAUUAAUUGCAGACUGAUGACCUGUCUGGGCAGUUACAGGGAUAAAGACUAGAAACAGAGGAAAACCCUGACACAAUGCUCCCAAUAGUCCAGGCCUGGGACCACCACACACACACACACAGAUCUUUUUUUGCAUUUAAUGCAAAAUAUAGUAAUCACUAUACUACGGAGCAGCGAACACGAGACGUCAGAAUAUGAGAACAGAUUCUCUUCUAAACUGUGAAAUGUUUUCUUCACACUUCUGUGUAACGAACAGGAUAUCGUGUCCAGACUUGAGUUGAGUUUUGCUGUUUUCACAAAAAAACAUUUCAGCCAUCUUUUUUUUUUUUACUUGUCACAUCUGAGAGAACAUUAUGCAUUUACGUUAUUCAAGUUGUUUUUGCUCAGUUUUUAACUACAGUCAUUAUGUCUUUGGCUCCAGCACCUUCAAACAGUGUACCUGAAUGCCACAAAGACGGAGCAUUUGCUGCUUCUGCUUCUCUACUAGAUGUACUGGUUGCAUUGUGCUCUCUGUGUAGACACUCAGUUAGCUUUGGCUUGCUGAUAACUGCUGGCUGCAGCUCAACUUCAUUGUGUCGGCGCCACAGUGUCAAAAAAGCAAAUAAGCACGUUUCGUCCGUUAACUGUCCCUUUAGGUCUACCAGUGCAACAAGCCUAACCUGCCCCUCUGCGACAAAUCUAAACACAUUUUUGACAGUUUAGAGUGAGGUUGCAGACUGUGCUACAGGUAAGCCAUAUGCUACUUGUAUUUAAUAUACAGGAAAACUCAUAUUUAUGGUAAGCAAAUGACUGAGUAUUUCAUUCUUGCCUAUGCUGGAUUUUCAUCCAUUUGCCCAGCAUUUCUACCUCCAUCACUCAGGCACACAACAAAGGUGUUUUGUGUCCGUUUGCUUGACCCUAAGGUGUUGAAAUUCUCAAAAACAGAUCAGUAACGUGGGAACCCAGUGGUUCCCUGUCACAAAAUACUUCAUUCAUCAGUACUUUUAUAGCUGUACCCUGCCCCCAUGGCUAUGCUGUAAUUGCUUCUUCAACUGUGAUUGUUUUUUUGUUUUCUUUUGUUAAGGGUUCGUGCACUGUUUGACAGUCUCUUACUGUAUUUUUUGAUGAUCUGAACAGCAGAAAAUACAUUUAAAGGUGCUAUGUGUAGUAUUGAGUUAUUGAAGGUGUAGUACUGUUGAUGAUUUUGUAUUAAGUCCAAGACUAAGUCACUUUUGCUUCUUAAUUAGCAGACUGGUAGCUGAAUAUUCGGAAGCAACAGAGGCAGUGAAGGAGCUCAGUGACUGUAUGUUGUAGCACAUGUUAUUCUAUUAGGCAGUGAAAAUCCUACACAUACUACCUUUAAGUGAGCAAAGUACUCUUUUUCUUAUGGUAAAGACAUAAAGAAAUUUGUCCAGUUGUGAUUUUUUUUCUUCCCUUUUUGGUGUCUUAAACUGAAUUUGUGUUUUUAAGAAAAUAUUUUCAGAAAAAGGUACAGGUAUGAACAUUGCAUAUUUAUGAAUUUAUCAUGUAUUUUAUGCUUUAUUAAAAUGUGUAUACUCAUUGUGGGCAGUGUUUUUAGUAAUGUUUCGAUUUUGUUAAUUUAUUACCUAAAUGUUAAAAUAUUUAACUUUCAAAACAUGACACUUGGUACAAACAUACAGGAUAUUUAAAUAUGAUACUUUGCAUGUGCACUGUGUUCGAUUAAACUGCAUUAAAUUCAAAUAAAAAUGGGUUUGAUGCCCAAAGUGUC